AUGUGCCAGUCUCAUAUAGUUCAGAAGGAAGAAUCAGAUGAGUGGUUUUCAUCUUUACAAUAUCUGAAUGCUAAAAUAGAUAAUUUGUUAAUCUCUGAUUCUUUCUUAGAUCCCAGAAGUGAGAUUGGUGUCUUAAAUGAUUCAACAAUUAAUGCCCUUGGAUGGAAAGCUAACAAGUCAUCUGACUUUGAUAUAAAAGGUAACUCUAAACAUAGCACUAAAUCAUUGGGAUGGUUUACGGAUGUGUCAGUCAGUAUAAAGUAUAAGGAUGGUAAAACUGUUACAGCUACUGGAAAUUUUACACAUAUUGAUAAUGGCGAACCUGAACCAAUGUUAUGUUUAGGUAUGACAUGGAUUCGAAAAGUUCAAGAUCAAUUUUUCUUUACAAUGCGAGAUAUGUCAGGAUAUAGUGUUCCAUCUUCUUCUUCCAAUAAAUGA